GCCAAAAAAGCCUAAAAACCCUUUGGCCAAAAACGCGAAAUCUCAAAGAUUUUUCCGAAGCUCUGUUCGCCGUCUUCUGAGUGUUACUCCUCGGACGAUCUCUUUCACCGGACUUGUCGCUCCAAAGAGUGAUUAAGGAGAGAACAAAAGGAUGAGUGGGUUUAGAGCUUUUAAAGCACAAGUGCCCGUUGAAUGGAGCCAGAGCUUAUACAUUACUCUAGUGAGAGGUCUCCCUGGAACUAGGAAGCUUCACAGGCGAACUCUUGAAGCUAUGGGACUUCGUAGAUGCCAUCGUACUGUUUUGCACUCAAACACUUCAUCCAUUAGGGGAAUGAUUAACCAGGUGAAGAGGAUGGUUGUUGUUGAAACAGAAGAGAUGUACAAUGCUCGUAAAGAAGCAGAAGCCAAGCACAAAGCUUUGCGCCCGCCUCUUGUUGUCAGUCAUUCCAGCCCUGCAGCAGAUUCAUCCAGCAUGUCUUGAGAGUACUUUUUACAAGAAUUGGUGAGUUCUGCUACGAUCACUUGGAUGAUUUUGUAGGGCGCCUUUAAAGUUUAAGAUCUCGGUUUAGAUGUCCAGAAGGAAGUCAUAAAAGAAACUAGCCCUAGACGAUUGAUAAGAAAUAUUGGUAUCAUCAGUGUAUUUGGUGCCUCUUUAUGUUUUUGUAUACACUGGAUCUUUGUGUAUGUCUUGCUCUCGUUUUCUGCUAUAUCAAAUCUAUUGGUUUGGUUAUAUUUU